AUGCGAGAGUCGGCUAGCAGGAUGGCCGAACUCGAAUUCGAGGCGCCGCUUGCCCAAAUCGAAGACGCAGAUGAUUGUCUUUCUACUGCCGAUUUUCCGCAGAAGACCAUCAACGGCAAUGACAUACGGCUAAACAAUAUUAAGAAUCUCAAAAGUGGAAUUGUCAAAAUGAAAACUGACUCCAACAAAAUAAACGAUAAUGACGAACCCAAACCGGUGAAGUGUAAACAGGAUACUCUGCAAAACGGCGAAGGAGAUAAUUUCACUGAGACUUUCUCUGGCUCUCUGGAAGAUUUAGUUAACACCUUUGACGAGAAAAUAACAAAAUGCUUCGGAAAUUAUGAGGAGAGUGUGGAAAAACUGGCGCCGGUGCAGGUUCGCUCGCAGGAGGAAAUUAUGAACGAGUGCCAGUGA